AGAUACGUACCGUAUAUACUUCCAGGCGGGAAGGAUUUUGUAUCUAUCUGCUCCAGAACCGCGAACUGUAAAGAUCGUCCAACUUAGCCCGCGAAUUGACGAGAGGGUGAUGGGCAGGUACAGUAUGGGGAAAGGGUGGCAGAUAACGAGGGCGGUGCUCAACCAUUCUGUCAUCCUCCCGAACCAGUUUCGAGCGAUAAGAUAGUCGCGAAAUACCGUCGAACAAAGGAACUGAGUCAACAUCCUUAGAAAUCCCUCCAGCUAACCAAGCUCUGAUUCUCAGCCUUGAAUGAGACAACUACUGGGGAAAAUGACUCUCGCGGCAGUUGGCCAGAUUUGUUCGACUGAUAGCAUGGUACAUAACCUGGCACAAUGCAGGAUUCUCAUUCAAAAAGCCGCGGCUACCGGAGCACAGGCCUUAUUCUUGCCCGAGGCUAGUGAUUAUAUUGCCUCCUCACCCUCGGAGACAAUUUCCCUCGCUCGCUCUGUCUCUGAAAGCGAAUUCGUCCGUGGUAUCCAAGAUGAAGUUCGCAAAUUCAAGCUGCCUGUCCACGUGGGAAUCCAUGAGCCAGCGCAGGAUGAAAAGGUCAAAAAUACUCUUAUCUGGAUUGAUGAAGGAGGUCGAAUUCAGCACCGUUAUCAAAAGAUACAUCUGUUUGACGUAGAUAUCAAAGGUGGCCCGGUGCUCAAAGAAAGCAGGAGUGUCGAAAAAGGUAUGAGCAUGCCAUUGCCAUUUCAUACUCCGGUCGGCCGUGUCGGCCCCACGAUUUGUUUUGACUUACGUUUUCCGGAAAUCGGUCUCGCACUAAGACGAAAAAAUGCCGAAAUCAUCACGUUUCCCUCAGCAUUUACCAUUCCAACUGGUCAAGCGCAUUGGGAAAUACUUAUUAGAGCACGCGCAAUAGAAACACAGUCGUAUGUCAUUGCGGCAGCGCAAGUCGGACCACAUAAUGAGAAGAGGAGCAGUUACGGGCAUUCGAUGAUAGUUAGCCCGUGGGGUGAGAUCCUCGCGGAGCUUGAUAAAGUGGGAGGCGAGCCUCAGAUUGCAACUGCCAAUAUCGAUCUUGGUCUCCUUCAUAAGGUCAGAAGUGAAAUGCCGCUAUUGCGGAGAAAUGAUUUAUACGCUGAAGUCUAAGAGUUAUUCUGCGAACAUUACUAGGUCACGUUUCCCUGUCUUUUUCGAUGACCUUGAAGGAAACAGAAUACCCUCUGGUUUCACGGGAAUGGAGAUCAUGAUUCUAUGAAUUAGAUGGAGUCGAACUAGAAAGCUUCCCGUGAGAAUUGAGUCCUGCUCUUUCUGACAGUAAAUUCCUAUUAAUGUGGUAGCUCACAUGUAAAGUCUUCAUUGCUUGCCGAUUGUUACACAUGGUAAAUAGAUCUGAAAUUGGACAAAAUCUGCAUCCGUGCGGGA